AUGAGUAGCGGUACAGAUAAAGGUGAACGGGCAAUGGAGCCCGUCGACUCGGAUGAGGACAUGGCGGAUGUGGAUGCACAUGAUUUGGGUACAACUCAGGUGGAUUCUUCCAGCUCACAACGAGAUCAGACACAGGAUCAUUCUACGAGGCCAGUUUUAGACCCUACUGUGCUCUGGUUUGACGACAACAAGGUGAGGAGUGCAGUAUCCAGGGCGCUGACCGGGUACUACCGCGAGCCUUGGCGGAAUUACGGAGAGGUGGAUGAAGCAACGAAACAACACUGGUGGAGCCUAUUCAGCAAAGAUUUCACCUGGGCACCUGAGCUGACCGAGGAUGUAAAGCAAACUUUUGAAAAGAAGUUUUCUACUCGGCUGCGUGACAUGUUCUACACGGUCACGCACAAGAUGAGAGGCGCUAAGCCAGGGUGGCUGAAUGAGGACGUCCACAAGAAAAUGAUGGAAGUUGUUUUCAGUGAUCCAACUUUCAAGGCGCGAUUGGCCCAAAACAGGAAGAAUAGGAGGGGCGGCUCAAUGGAAAAUCCGGUUGAAGCUACCCACUAUCAAGGGUCGAUAUCUGCUAUACAACAUGUAAAACGGAUGGCGGCGAAGAACAAAGGCCAGCUCCCGACAGCUCCUGAGCUGUUUUUGAAGACGCACUUCAAGGAAGUGCCCGGGAAAGGCAAAGUUCCAACCAACGCCAAAGCACAGCAAAUUGCAGUAAUAAUUUCAAUAACACUUUGGAUAUGUGAUUCUGUGACUGUUUAUGUGAAUUCAAUGCAUAAAGCUGAAUUUAACUUACAUCUUUGUGCACCUUUUCAACUGUGUGGUCGCAACAAGAAGGGUCGUGUGAAGGGACUUGGCGAAGGUUCUGAGCUGUAUUAUGCCAACAGGAAGGGUACAUGUUCCAAGUCUUCCCAGCAUUACACACCUUCCCUUCUUUCCCAGAUGCAAGAUCAGGUGGAGCAGAGGGUGAAGCAAAGGGUGCAAGCUAGGCUCAGUGAAAUGGAACUCGAGAUGGAGGCUCGAUUGACGGAAAUAGAAAGGAAAAACCAAGAGAGGUUUGAAGAGAUGAUGCGUCGAUUCUCCAACACCGACCAAUGUUCCAACAUUCCGCAUCAACCUCGAGACCCCGACCCGGAUAGCGGCGGUGCAGAGCAAACUUCAGAUAUAGAUUGGGAAAAUUACCAGAGAGAUGCUGACAAGAUGUUUGGGCUUGGAUCAGAUGCUGUUGUGAUCUGUAUACAUGAUGCCUCAGUCAAGAGCCUGACCUCCCUCUUGCUGACCAACUUCCUGCCUCCUUCUACCCCUCGUAAUUUUCUGAUUUACAGAGGUCAGACAGUAAGGAUCCCCUUCCCUUGUCGCUGUAAAAACGGAACGGGCCUCUCUGAUGGCCUUCCUGUCCACAUUGUUACCAAGGCUGAGAGCGGUAAGGACCUAAACUAUAUAUCAAAAACCCUUUUUAAUAGUUUGACAACUGACCAACUAGUCAAGGAUGUAAAUCAUCUCGAAGAUAGCGAUACGCUGAUUGAGGGACAGAAGCUGUGGAUUCCACUGCCAUGCAGUUGCGACGAUGAAGAGGGGCAAAAGGUGGUGCACUACGCACAUGCACAACUACAAACAGGUCAUCCCUCCAAUGGCCUUGCCACAAACACUGGUCAGAUCGCUGCUAAAUUUGGAAUUAACUUGAGGACAUUGCAGAAACUCAACAACUUAACUUCAAAUGAACCAGUAUACGGAAAAAUCAUUGAUAUUCCUCUUCAACCUCCGACUGCCCCUUCUCAAGGAUACCUCUUAGAUAUUUUGAAAGUGUUAAGUCACUAUGGUGCUAAAAAUUCAAGGUAUUGUGUUCAUUUCUCUACUCUUAUUUUUCUGUUAGUUACCCUUGUUAUUUUCUCAACAACAGUUGAUGGAGCUGCCAUGAAGAGUUUGGCUACUACACUCGGGCAUCCUUUUGGUUGGUCAGGGGACAAGUUUUGCAUGUGGCAGGGAGUAAUAUGUGAUAACAAUGGCUUUGUAAAAUCUAUCAGCUAUCCCUCAUCUAAUCUAAGUGGUAUUCUCCCUUCCAAUCUAAGCUCCCUCUCUCAGCUCAGUGGAAUCUUUCUCCAAGGCAAUCAGCUCUCCGGGCCUCUCCCCUCCUUUAAUAACCUCGCAUUACUCCAAGAGAUACACCUGGAAUCCAACAAUUUCACGUCUGUACCAAAUGGUGCCUUUUCUGGCCUAAGCAGCCUCAGAAUUCUGUCCUUGGAAGACAACCUGAGUCUCCGUCCUUGGGGCUUCCCUGCUGAGUUGGUUAGCUCUCCUAAUUUGGUGGGUUAUUUUGCUAGCAAUGCCAAUCUCAUAGGACAGAUACCAGAUAUCUUCAGCUCCCUCACCAGUUUGCAAAACUUGAGGCUGUCAUGUAACAACUUGACAGGGUCACUCCCUUUUUCUUUUCAUGGGAGUCGGAUUCGUAACUUGAAGCUCGAUAAUCAGCACAUGGGUUUAUCUGGAACCCUUGAUGUACUUGCAUGGAUGACCCGCUUACGUGAAGUCUGGCUACAAAAAAAUUAUUUUACUGGUACCAUCCCUAACCUUUCUAAUUGCACUCGUCUCUCUAAUCUAAGACUGGACAACAAUUUAUUGACCGGUCCUAUACCACCAUCCUUAAUAUCCUUGUACUUAGUAAACAUCUCAUUGCAUAGCAACAAGCUCCAAGGCCCGUUUCCAUCUUAUCCGAAACAAUUGACAGGUGCUCUUGAGAACAAUUCGUUCUGUAAGGAUAUUGCGGGGGAAUGUGAUCCAUAUGUAUCGAUAUUACUAGAGGUUGCUGGAGCUUUGGGUUAUCCCUUGAAGCUUGCUGAGGCUUGGCAUGGUAAUGAUGUGUGUAACAAGUGGGAAUUUGUGACUUGUGAUGCCUCAAGGAAUGUCACUGCAAUUAAUAUAUCCAGGCAAGGAUUCAGUGGAAACAUUUCCCAAGCACUUGUACAGUUGACAUAUCUGCGUCAAUUGUACUUGAAUGAUAACAAAUUGACUGGUACUAUACCAGAUAGUUUAACAACCUUGUCCCAGCUGACAGAAAUUGAUGUCUCUAAUAAUGAUCUUAGAGGGCAAGUGCCAAGCUUCCGAUCCUCGGUGACUGUUUUGACCAGUGGGAAUAGGAAUAUUAAGCCUAUUACAAGUACUACCAAUGGGACAACUCCAAACACCACUGCUGCAAGUGAUAGAUCUUCUGGGAAGAUGGCUAAGAUUAUACCUGGAGUACUUGUUCCCUCGAUUGCUAUUGUUGGAUUGGGGAUUCUUGUAUACAUAUAUAAAAAGAAAAGGCACGAGACAGAAUCCAAAGAAGAUCUAGAGCAAUGGGGAAACUCCCAGCUGGCACCCGACUCUCAAACGAGGUUCACUUACAAAGCCUUGAAAAUGGCUACAAACAAUUUUGACAUGCAUAAGAAACUUGGAGGAGGUGGGUUGGGAACUGUAUUUGAGGGAAGCUUAAGUGAUGGAUCCAAAGUUGCAGUUAAGCGUUUGGAUUGUCUUGGGCAAGGAAGGAAGGAAUUUCUGGCAGAGGUGCGUACUAUGGGAAGCAUACACCAUCUCAACUUAGUGAAGUUACUUGGGUUUUGUGUUGAAAACUCGCAUAGGCUUUUGGUGUAUGAGUACAUGAGCAAAGGGUCAUUAGAUAAAUGGAUCUUUGACAUCAACUCAAGAGAUAACUUCACUUGGGAUACCAAGAAAAAGAUCAUUGUCCACAUUGCCAAGGGGCUCGCUUAUUUACAUGAGGAGUGCCACAAGAAGAUUGUACAUCUAGAUGUAAAACCCCAAAACGUGCUUCUAGAUGAUGAGUUCAAUGCCAAAAUAUCAGAUUUUGGUCUAGCGAAGCUGAUUGAUAGAGAUCAAAAUUACGUAAUGACUCAAAUGAGAGGAACUCGAGGGUACCUGGCUCCUGAAUGGUUAGGAAGGAAGAUUACAGAGAAAGCAGAUGUCUACAGCUAUGGAGUUGUGGUGUUAGAAGUAAUUUUCGGGAGGAAGAACUUGGACUGCUCACACCCUGAAGAAAGCACUCUAAUAAUGCAGGUGAAAAAGAAAGAAGAGGAGAGUCAGCUACUCGAUCUGCUUGAUACAUGCAGCGAGGAUAUGCUUGACAACUAUGAAGAUAUAGAGAAGACCAUAAGUCUUGCAAUCCGGUGUUUGCACAGUGAACCAGCAGGGCGGCCUCCCAUGUCAAUGGUGGUGAAAAUUUUAGAGGGUGUAACGAUCCUCGAGGAUAUUGAUAACUAUUCUUUGACAAGCCCGUUGAUGACAGAAAUUUCUGACUCUGUUCUAUCAGGUCCAAGAUGAGGUAGGCACUUGCCUAAAUGUGUAUCUUCCUUUUGACAGCCUCUUGUCUAAUGUUUAUGCUUGAUUUAAGUGUAUGAUGAGAUUCUGUUAGUAGUGCCUAAAAAUUUCCCAAAAAAAAAUUGUAGGCAUUUUUUAGAACUUUGAUGAAUAUUAGGACUUUUAGUAGGCUAUGGGAAUAAUGCAUAAUGUAGUUCAAUUAUAAAAUUACUCUUAAUAUAAGGU